ACAACACCUCAACCCCCUGGACACACUUCCACAGAGUGUAGGGAGGGGAGGAGAUGGGGGUGAGAGACACAGAGACAGACACACAGAGAGUGGGGUCAAAACAGACCAAUCUCUGCAGUCCACUUGGGGCUUCAGAAGAACACACACACACACCCAGGUCUAAAGUUGUUGUGUGUGUGGUGUGUGUGUUGGUGUGAACUAUUUGUAGUAUAGAUAUCAGAUUAUUAUCUAUUUACACACACACACAAAAAAAAACAUACUGACUCUGGACUUCAGACCAUGAGCGAGUUGCUGGAGUCGACAUCAAACGAACGACUGCUCGUCACCUCUUCCUUAUACAACAACCUCGUUCCUUCUUCUUCUCCUCCAUCUCCUCCCUCUCCCUCUCCAUCUCCCUCUCCUCCAUCUCCAUCCUCCUCUCCGCCUCCACCCUCUCCUCCUACGCGCAAGGACCACCUGAGCGCAGAGAGGACCCGACCAUCCCCAGACCACCACCACCACCACCACGGCGACCACCACCACCGGCACCACCCCCAGCACCAGCCCAAAGCCAGCCCCGGGGGACCAGUAGCCAAGCUGAGGAGCAAGAAGGAGCUGAGUCAGGGAGAGCAGCAGCUGCUCAGGAAGAAGAUCAACAGCCGGGAGCGCAAGAGGAUGCACGACCUGAACCUGGCCAUGGACGCCCUGAGGGACAUCAUGCCUUACGCCCCCCACGGACCGUCGGUCAGGAAGCUGUCCAAGAUAGCCACCCUGCUACUGGCCAGGAACUACAUCCUGAUGCUGACCAGCUCCCUGGAGGAGAUGAAGAGACUGAUCGGGGAGAUGUACGGCCGGAGCAGCGGCUCGGGCUCCCGGCUGACCCAAUACCCGGUGCUGACGACCGGGGGUUUUGAAAGAAAUUCACGGAGCAUUCGCUUCAUCUGUGGAAAUCUGCGUUUGAUGUAUCUGGACGGGGAAUAA